GGCUGCUCACACAGGUAUCAGAAGUGUCUGGACGCCCUCACUCACCAGAAUGCUUUCCGUCUUGUUCUUCGUUGGGCUCUUUGCCAGCUGCCUGGCAAAACCUAACUACUCCUUCUCUGGAUCCAUUGGUGGUAGUGGGAGUUCCUUUGCCUCAGAUGGAAAGGGAAGGAUCACAGCAGUCAGAGUCUGGGAGAUCCAAGGUCAAUACAUCACUGGUAUCCAGCUGCGUUAUGACUACAUUUGGUCUAAAGUACUUGGACGGGUAUAUGGCACAGUGAAUGAGAUGUCACUUUUUGAUGGAGAGGCCAUUGUUCAGCUCUCUGGUAAAUACCACAGCAACUACAUCUAUCAGGUGAUCUUCGUCACCUCCAGAGGGCGAUUUCUGAUUGUUGGCCAGCCUUAUCAGAAAUCAUUCAACUUCUACCCGACUUACCCGGACACAGAGCUGCGAAUGCUGAGCGGCCGCACUAACGGCAAUGGUAUCACUUCAAUGGGAGCUCACUGGGCAGCUCAAUACAGCAAUAGCACUAGCACAUAAUGAGUGAAAAGCUGAGUAAUGCUGUACUAAUGAUUAGUUUGAUGGAAUAAUCCAAAGUUAUCAAGGAUCAGCCUGUAGAACACAAAACAGAAAUGUAUCUUACAUUCAAUCAAAAUCAUAUUUGGAGAUUCAGCUGUGAUGAUAUAUUUGAAGACUGUAUGGUUUUCAUUCAUACAUAUUUUUAAUGGUUGGACAAAUGUAAAAUCUGAAUCCUUUUAAAUUCUGGUGCAUGCAAACAAAAUAAAAAAUGUUUAAUAAAAAAAUCAUGGGAGUGGUA